AUGAAUUUACAUAAUUUUGCCCCUUGCAUCUUUUUACAGAAAGUGCAUGUGCUGCCACAAACUGUGCUCUAUAUAGCAGAUGCGGAAACAUUCAGCGGACAUGAGGAGUGUCACGAACAAAAGAAAGCAAGAAAAAGAAACAGUAAAGAAACCGCAAUUGAGCUGGAAAAAUUGUUGCCAAAGCGAUGCCAAGUUCUUGGACUGGUCACCCCAGGGAUUGUAGUUACCCCUAUGGGUUCAAGCAGCAAUCAACCUCAAGAAAUUGAAGAAGGUGAAGCUGGCUUUGCUCUCUUGUUUCCCAAAAUUGAUGGGGUGAAAAUCCAUACCUUCCAUUUUUUUAAAGACUUGAAGAACAGGGUCUUCGAUGAAAGCAAAUUUGCUGAAGCAGGUCUGAAAAAUAAUCCAGAUCUCCGUGUGGUUCUUCUAUUUGGCUAUAAUUCCUGGAAGUCUGGAGCUACUCGAUUUCUUCAUCAAAUAGUCAAUCCUUUGAAUGAAAAAAGUAUCAUCCUGGCUGGGGGACAAGUGGAGAGCUUUACAUCACUGACCUCUGAGAAUAAUAACGCCCAGCCCGGCGAUGCCUGCGGUGUGGUCGGACUGGCUUUCAGCGGUCCCCAGAUCCAGAGUGCGACAGUUUUGUUAGACCAGGAUGUAGCUGAUGAGAGGACAGCAGAAGCCGCCAUGCAGCGUCUCAAAGCAGCAAACAUCCCUGAGCGCAACACCAUUGGCUUCAUGUUUGCAUGUGUUGGUAGAGGAUAUCGGCAUUAUAAAACCAAAAGGAAUAUGGAAGCAGAUGCAUUUAGGAAGUUUUUUCCAAAUGUUCCACUCUUUGGCUUUUUUGGACAUGGGGAAAUAGGGUGUGAUCGAAUAGUUACUGGGAAUUUCGUACUGAGAGAAUGUAAUGACAUAAAGGAGGACCUGCUUCAUGGUUAUACUACAGUUAUGACUCUUAUUCAUCUUGGUUCAACUAAAGCAAACCAAGUGUAAAUAUUUUUAAUGCAUCAGUGAGCUGUUUGUUUUCAUUCCAGAAAACUGAGAAGUCUGGACGAGUGGACAUCUUGCAAUGAAAGCACCUUCCAAAACAUCUUUUUCGUAACAUUAUCAAAUCUUGUAGUCAGAAUAGAGUUUAAUAUAAUAGCUGUGAGAAAGCUUUGCAUUUUGCGUAAUCCUGUAUGCACACCAGAAUUGCAGGUAAAUUAUAUCGGAUGGAAUUUUGCAGCUGAAGAAAGCUGUUUUCUUCUAAGAUGAGAAAGGCUUGCACAAAUGGCAGUUGGAAUCCAAAUAUCAACACGUAGAAAUAAACAGUAUUUUGAUGUUCUCUAUUUAUCUAUAUAAAGCAGUCUAGAAAAACUACUGAUGCACACUGAAAUACGGAUGCAUGAAAUCUACCAUUUCCUGGAUCUUAUUUCAAGAGAUGUGCAACUUGCCCAGACUUGAGUCCUAUUUACAAAACUCAACUGUUUGACUAGAUUAAAUGAAUGAAAAUCUUUAGAUAACAAUCACAAAGUGCUCACUAAGUACAAAAUUAAAAUACAUAAAAGUACCUUGGCUUCUGUUUUUAGAGAAGAAAAAGCUCUGAUGUAAAGAGAUGUUAUAAACUCACUGUCUCAUCAUCUCAAAUUGCUUUUUAAUUGUCUUAAAUAUCUGAUGUAGAAAAGUUAUCUGAUAAUGUUUACGUAGUAGCAAUUCCGGUCUUGGUCUUGGAAUAUUCAGCUUAUGCAAUGAAAAUGGACUGUUCACCUUUUCUUUUCAAUUCUCUUGCAAUGUCGUGCUCUCUAUUCAUUUUUAAAUCCAGAAUGCUAAAAAUUAAGACUGUACUUGGUGUCUUUAACUUCCUUUAAGAAGCAUUUUGCUUUUUAAUUUGAAAUUAUGGGUCAUGCAGGAUCUGGCCUUGUUCCAUUUAUAUGCCAGCUCUUUAGCAAAGUUGUGCUUUUCUGUGUUUUAUUUAUCUCAGCCUAAGGACAAAGUUUUUUGCAGGCUUCUAUGAGCUCAAGCUUUUUACACCAGUCACCUGCUUUGAUUGCUGCAGCUGGAAUCUAGUAUUACAGAGCUCAAAUGAGUAAAUUCAGCAUAGUCUCAGCAUACCUGUAGUAUAAUUCCUCCCUUUUCCUUUCACUUUGUAGAGUGACAAGAAAAUAAGAUUCAUUUUGUCCUAUUUCACCACACCUCUAAAUGCCAAAUCAGGCAGCUGCCCUGCUUUCAGUUUAACAGAAAGAAUGCUUGGCAGUAUGUUGUACAGCAAAAUAACUUUUAUGUUACAAUUUUAAAUGUAACAACCAAGACUACAGUUUGUAACUUUUGUACCAAUGUGGAGUUAGGACUUUUCAUGGGAAUUGACCUAAGUAGCUAGGGUAGAGGCAGCUUUAUCUGUCCUGCUAGAUCUAUUAGUUUCAGUGGGAGCUGAGCGGGUGCUGAGCACAGCACGUUGCUAUGGCUUUGUUGGUGAUGGGCUGUGAACUGCCAGUGGCCUCCUAUGAAUAGGAGAUUAGUGAGUCUGGGUCUGAUUUGGAAAAUCUGUGGUUAUUGCAUUUGGAAGAAAAGGUAUUUAGGAAUUGAGUAUGUCUGAAUUUUGAAAGAAGCUUCUCUGUAGGAGGUGAGUACGUUUGCUCUUUUUGGCAUAACCCUAAUGUCAGGUUUGGCCCUAUCUCACUGCAGAGCCUUAUGCUUCUAAGGGUAGGCAAAGAAAAUGUUUCCUUUGUGUAAUGCAGUUAGGACUACUGUAGUAUGAGUUAAGUUAGCACAGCUGGUACCCUAAGCCUGCAAACCUUAACGGACGUUUUGCUGCAGUAGAAGUAGAUCAAGAGUGAUCAGCCAUGUGUCCCAAACAACAGAAAAGCUCUAGGGUGCACCAGAAAAUAGCCAAACCGUGCAAAUGACUCGUUGAUCAUCAAGAAGCGCAAACAUGUCCAGAAGCACCUGCACCAAGCAGAUUGUGAGCACCAACAAUAGCGACAGCAACUCAGAACACGACAGCGCAGUUUGAACAGACGACUCGCCAGCGAGGUAUUCUCUACCCAGUCCUCUAGCUCAGGACACUUAAUGUCGUGGUGACCGCAGUGAGAAGGAGACCGGCGGGGAACCCCACGAGCUUGCACCGGGGCCCGGGAUGAUGUCUCCAACCUCCGCCCCACAACCAAGCACUGCACUGCAGGAAGUGCUACGCUUAACCCCAACGUCUCUCCUGGACCCUUUCAUGUGACAGAGAAGUCGUGUAAUUCAUAAAAUUGCAUAUAUUUGUGAUUAAAAUGUUUUGGUAUCCCAAUUAA